CGGGCACCGAGUCGUCUGGCAAGGCUGCGGGCACCGAGUCAACAGGCACGACAGUGGGGGCACCGGGUCAUCAGGUAUCGGAUUGUCUGGCUCGACAGCGGGCAUCGGGUCACCAGGUAUGACAGCGGGCACUGGGUCACCAGGCAUCAGGUCAUUUGGCUUGCCAGCGGGCACCGCGUCAUCUGGCAAGGCAGUGGGCACCGGGUCACCAGGUACCGGAUCAUCUGGAUCAACAGCGGGCAUCGAGUCAACUGGCCUAAUAGGAUCGUCGGGCUGGAUCAGUUCAUCAUGCUGAGUAGCGGCAUCAGGCUGAGGAUGCAGGCAUCA